AAAGACUUCAGUCAUCACUCCUUGUGCUUUAAGGUUUCAGCUUUUGAGGAUAAACCUCACGAGAGGGUUUAUCGUUUAACCAAGCGAAAGUCGCUGCUGCAUCUUCGGAUCUGCGCUUGUUUUUGAAUAGAUUUGUGCUAUUUUGGCAAGUGAAGCACAUUGAGUGUAAACUGUUAACAAGCAUGGCAAGCUUGUUGACAACAUCAGUCAUCACCUAUUCUCCUCUCAGCAAUGGUUCCAGGGAUUUCAGAAAGUCUGGUUAUUCUUCUAAAGGAAGGUGUUGCAUAAAAGCAAUGAGGAUAGAGAAAACCUUGGAGGAAUUGUACAAUGUGAAAGUGGAAAGAAAAGUGUCUACUGAGAGACUAGCUGAGCUUGGAGUUUCAAAAUGGUCAGUGUGGAAGACUGGGAAAAGCAGGUUGCCCUGGGACUGGCAGGUAGACCAACUGGUGUACAUCGAAGAAGGGGAAGUGAGAGUUGUGCCUGAAGGGAGCAAGCGUUUCAUGCAAUUUGUGGCAGGGGACUUGGUCCGGUACCCUAAGUGGUUUGAGGCUGACCUGUGGUUCAAUGGUCCAUAUCAAGAACGUUAUAGUUUCAGAGCAUAUGGUGAUGAUCAUCGAUGAUGCUGUAUGGUGGCUACUUAAAGUAACAUGCACAUCUUAUUUGGAUGUUUUAAGUGAUACAUGUGUUUUACAGUUUUAGUUUUCCAUUUUAUAGUGUACUACCAAUGUAUUUGGUGAAUGUUUGUGAUAAUUUGUUAUCUUUUAGAAGAAUUAAUACUAAAUGUUUCUGCUGAUCUUUUCCA